GGGCCGGGCCCGGACCCGCGGCCCCAUAAGAGGCUUAGGGGGGCAGUGGUAGCACCAGGAGGAGCAGCAGCAGCAGCGGAGGCAGGAUGCAGGCGGCCCCCGGAGCGCAGGCGGCGCGGCCCUUCAAGCUGAGGAAGAGUUUCGCCACCAGGCUGGAAGAAGUAGCCGGCAUCAGGGCCAAGUUCCCGACGAAAAUCCCGGUGAUUGUUGAGAGAUACCAGAAGGAAAAAUACCUUCCUCUCCUGGACAAAACCAAGUUUCUUGUUCCCGAGGAGCUGACCAUGACCCAGUUCAUAACCAUCAUCAGAAGCAGGAUGGCUCUAACAGCUACACAAGCUUUCUACCUGCUGGUGAACAACAAGAGCCUAGCCAGUAUGUCCUUGACAAUGGCAGAAGUGUACAGGGACUACAAAGAUGAAGAUGGCUUUGUGUACAUGACAUAUGCUUCCCAGGAGAUGUUUGGAUGCUUCUUACUCACUCAAGGGAAAACUAUGGAAUGUCUUCAGAAAACCUAAGGCUGGGGUCUGCGUGCUGCAGUGACACAGUUGUGCUGUGAGUCAUGCCUGUGACGUGAAGCUCGGAGAUGCUCCUUCCAAUAUGAGUUCAUGAGCUCUGUACUGGGGAGUCAUGACCCAGAAGCUGGCAGGACCAGCUCAAGGCAGAAAUGGUGGUACACUUUUCCUGGAUAAUAACUUAGAUAUCUAUUUUUAUACCUGAAGACACUAUGGGUUUUUUUUGGAACUGCACUUCCACUUUUUUUUUUUGCAAUACCAAUCUUUGAUGUAACUGCUUUUUAAGGUGUCCUUAAAGUCUAAAUCUAAGAGUAAAAUAAAGAAGCUUUUAAGUA